CUGUUUGUCUCGUUGGCUCGUUGCUACUGCAAUGGUGGAAACCCCACCACGCUCCUCCUCCCAUGGCCUCGACCUCCUUCCUCUCGUCGGUGUGGAUGGUCUUGUCGUUGCCGCUGAUGCUCGCCUCAGCAGCAUCAGCAGGACACUGUCCGCCUGUGCUCUGCGGCGAUGUGAGCAUCUCCUUCCCGUUCGGGAUCGUCCAGGAGCAGGCGACGAGCACCAACUGCGGCGCGAUCGGGUUCCAGGUUCGCUGCGUCAACGACACGCCGUACCUCGGAUACAGCCGGUACCAGCACUGGUUCCAGAUCCUCACCGUCUUCUACAACAACGACUCCUUGGUCGUUGCCGACUCCCACAGGCUCCAGAAGCUCGGAGCCUUGAACAGCAGCUCCGUGGUCGAUGACGAUGAGAGCUGCCGAAUCCCCACAAACAACAGCUCCACCAAGGUCGCCCUUCCGUUCUCCAUCAGCCCCGUCAAUCAGGACCUGAUCCUGUACGACUGCACCAAGGCGCUGGCGCCUCCGGCGCCGGCAACGGCGGCGGACGAGGGGCUUGUGGAGACGAGAUGCGGCAACAGCACGUUUGCUCGCGUCGGAGGGCAUUACGGCGAGUCCGACGGGAGUUACUUCUUGGACGGCUGCGGUGCGACUGUCGUGCCUGUGCUUGGAAACUAUGCCAAGGCGAACGCAAGCAAAUACGAGGAGCUCAUCAGUGACGGCUUCCUCUUGACAUGGAAGACAUUACCACCGCCGUCGGGAGCCGCACUGCUGCCAGGAGCCGGAAGAGGAGAGCUCUGCUCCCCCGUGGUAUGCGGCGGCGUGAACAUCUCCUUCCCGUUCGGGAACAUCGCCGACCACGCAACGGAGGCCAACUGUGGGGUGCUCGGGUUCCAGGUCCGCUGCACCAACAACACCCCCUACCUCGGGUCCUACAAAGGCGACUACCGGUUCAAGAUCCUCGACAUCUUCUACGGCGACACCUCCUUGCUCAUCGCCGACGUCCACAAGCUCGAAGAUUUCAACGCCUCUGCUUCUUCUUCUUUCAAACAACCCUGCUACUCCCCGAAGAACAACUGCUCCGCCAAGCUCGGCUACCCGUUCUCGAUCAGCCCUGCUAACCAGAACAUAAUCUUCUACAACUGCGAGGAGACGCCGACGCAGGCGGUGCGGCAGAGCCGCGGGCUCGUGGACACGGCGUGCGGGAACAAGACGCUGGUUGGCGUCGCCAAACGUCCCGACGUGCCUGGCAGCUACUUCAUGGAGGGUUGCAACGCUACCGUCGUGCCGAUGCUUGUGAGGUCCGGCGAAGCGAACCCAGCAAACUACAAGGAGCUCAUCAGUGACGGAUUCCUCUUGACAUGGCAAGAGCAGCCGUUGCCGCCACCGUCGCCGCCGUCAGCAGCCGGUAAGUUCGCAAAGAAAAUAACAUCUACUUUAAUUUCAGUUUCGAUUUCAGUAGCUGCAAGCUUGCUCCUACCAUGUAUAUAUGUGUUGAUAUGGUAUACACAAAAACUAAGGUUUUUCCUAUGCAAGAAGACCAGCAGCACCAUAGAAGAGAACAUUGAGGCCCUACUAUUAGCACAUGGAUCACUAGCUCCAAAAAGAUACAAGUACUCAGAAUUAACAAAGAUAACAUCCUCCCUGAAUAAUAAGCUUGGGGAAGGUGGUUAUGGCAUGGUUUUCAGAGGAAGGCUAGAUGACGGUCGUCUUGUUGCAGUGAAAUUCCUGCAUGACUCCAAAGGUGAUGGUGAGGAGUUUGUGAACGAGGUUAUGAGCAUUGGCAGGACAUCACACAUUAAUAUUGUUAGCUUAUUUGGGUUUUGUUUGGAAGGCUCAAAGCGGGCCCUAAUAUAUGAGUAUAUGCCAAAUGGUUCUUUGGAUAAGUACAUAUACUCAGAGAAUCCUAAGGCAGUUUUAGGAUGGGAUAAGCUUUAUACCAUAGCAAUUGGGAUUGCUCGGGGGUUGGAAUACUUGCACCAUAGUUGUAAUACACGCAUAGUCCAUUUCGACAUCAAGCCUCAAAAUAUCCUUCUUGAUCAAAACUUUCACCCAAAGAUUGCUGAUUUUGGUUUGGCCAAGUUGUGCCGUACCAAGGAGAGUAAGCUUUCUAUGACCGGUGCUAGAGGAACACCUGGGUUUAUAGCUCCUGAAGUGCACUCUCGAACCUUCGGAGUUGUUUCAACAAAAUCGGAUGUUUAUAGUUAUGGAAUGAUGUUGCUAGAGAUGGUUGGAGGCAGAAAAAAUGUUAAAUCAGUGGCUCAAGAGUCAAGUGAAAAAUAUUUUCCACAUUGGAUUUAUGACCACUUUGGUCAAGAUGAUGGGUUACCGGCAUGUGAAGUGACAAGUGAAAAUGAAGGAAUCGCCAAAAAAAUGAGUGUGAUUGGCCUAUGGUGCAUUCAAAUAUUACCAAUGCAUCGUCCUACCAUAGGAAAGGUCUUGGAAAUGUUUGAUAGAGGUUUGGAUGAACUAGACAUGCCACCAAGGCAAAACUUCAGUGAAAUAUUCUUAGAUCCAGCUUACAGUUUGAAUGCAGAAAGCACAAGCAUGAUCAGUGGUACCAAAACAAAAGCUUCUAGUGAAGUGCUAAAGAUGAAGGAGAUAAGCAUUGUGAAUUCAAAAAUCUUACAACGGUUGCCAACUCUAUGAAAUGGUUACCUACAACACUGGAAUUGGGCAUUCAACUUGUGUAGGUAUCUCUAUGACAGAGGGCGAAAUCUUAACUUACUAGAAUAUUUAUUUCAAAACAAAAAGGCCACUGGCUUAAUAUAAUAUCUUUCAUUCAAAGUGAUAAAGAUUAACGCUUUAAGAGGUAAAGUCUUAUUGUCCAAGUAUGCAUAGGAUAUUUGGUAUCCUCCUAACAUGCAUAUAUUUCUGUUAAUAGACACUUUUGUCUUUCUUUCA